ACUUAUUUCAGACGUGAAGAAUCAGAGCUAAGAGUCUGACACCAGGAAACUUGGAGCUGAGUUGCUGAGUCGUCAGUCUGACUGCGCGUCAGCUGACACUUAAAGAUUUACCUCGGAUGUUUGCAUAAAUAACAAGCGGAAGCUUCUUUUCACUCUCGGACACACUCGGCUCCGAUCUCAGAGCUUGUUAUUCUGUCCAGGAUUGCUCGGUUAGCAGCUCCAGAGGCAGCAGACGAUGGGCACGAAGGGAGUCCUCGCCCGUGUGACCUUCGGAUGGACCACUGCAGGAAACUUCACCACCAUGUGUCCCAACGGGUCCGAAUGGGUUUGGGAAGGCCUCGGUGAAUGUGCCCAGGACGGGAGGGACAUGGCCAGCAUCUACCUGGGGCUCCUGUCCAUCCUCUGUUUCAUGGUGUCGUCACUUCCACAGUACUACAGCUCCUGCAAACGAGGGAACAUGGACAGCGCUCUCUCUAUUUGGUUCCUGGUGCUGUGGUUGGGGGGGGAUUCUUGCAAUCUGGUGGGCUCCUUUUUGGCAGACCAGCUUCCUCUUCAGACAUAUACAGCAGUUUAUUAUGUCAUAGCUGACCUGCUGAUGCUGUCCAUGUACAUGUACUACAAGGUCAGGAACCGAAGGGCUGCAAACAAGCGGGUUUUGCACGUGGUGGGUAUAUCCCUCUUCCUGGGGCUCACUGCACUCAGCCAUCUCCCGGGAGCAGAUCCCCAACCUGGGAUGGCUUCCUCUGGAUUCAGAAGUCGCUCCUUGCUCUCCACAUCUGACGCCGGCCCCAUAACGGGUUUUACUACGAGGGAGAUUAUCGGUUUCUCCAUUGGCUCAGUGUCAUCAGUCCUCUACCUCUGCUCCAGACUGCCACAGAUAUACACGAAUUUCAAGAGGAAGUCGACAGAGGGGGUGUCCUACUUCUUGUUCGGACUGGUCAUCCUGGGAAACACCUUGUACGGCCUGAGCGUCCUGCUGAAGAACCCGGACAACGGCCAGGGCGAGAACAGUUACCUCAUCCAUCACCUGCCCUGGCUCGUCGGCAGCCUCGGCACCCUCACCCUAGACCUCGUCAUCUCGGCUCAGUUCAUCAUUUAUCGCAGGUUUCCGAUUCAAACCAUAAACGCCGGCGACUUCGACGAGGAGGCGCCUCUGAUCGGGAGCUAAAACGGUUCUGGCUGGAUCCGAGUGAAAACUCACCUCCAAAUACUCAAAAUCACAUUUCCAAGAAAGUAAAAGAAAAGCAAAGCUUUAUUUCUGAAUUGUACUUUAAUUCUUUUUGUUUUAUUUAUUACGUUUUUCGCCCUCAUUCUUGUUUACAGUGAGUUGUUGUUGUGGACGGAUGAAAUGCUUCUCUUGAGUUUAGCUCGUCUUCUAGUGAUUUUAAUAUUUUAAAGGGAAAGUUCGGUGUUUUGGGCGUCGGACAUGUAGGGAACGAGCGCGGCCAGCCAUCCCCGUUCUGUUUCUCUCUGAUAUAAAACAUUAGUCUGGAAAGUUCUGUCAGGAAGUGAUGGGGUAGGACUGGCUGGGCGGGAUGGAGACUCCUGUUAACCUGAGACGGAUGUAAGACACGGUACCACUGGGUUUCUCUGAGACACUUCUGGUGCUUUUAAGUCAGCGAACACUAGGACGGUUGGUCUUCUAGCCCCGUCUGCAGAGCAGAACCAAUUUGUCGUUGGAUUUAAUUACAAGUUGUAACAAGUGCCAACAUUUAAAAGAAGCAUGUUUCUGAGUUUAUUGUGCAAUUUAUCUCUUUAUUUGUAGUUUUUUUUUUCUGAACAGAUGCAUGAACCACUUUGAUUGCACUGUUGAUAAAAGUUAUGUCUCUAUUGUGUGAAUUUUGAAAACUUUGUCACAUUCUCACCUCCAUAGUUUGCACAUUUUGGCACCGAACAACAAAAAAAGAAGCUGGUUUUGUACUUUUUGAGAAAUGUAAAUAUGUUUGGUUGGUCAGUGUCCUGUAGAGAUUAAACAAAUGAUAAAAUACGGCUAGUUUCUUUCUCCUCCGGUUAUUUGUGAGGUCUUGAUUUUUAUUUUCAGUUCCUGAAAAGUUUCGACUACGUUUAAAAUAUUAAUAAAAAGAGAAUGCAAUGAUUUGAAAAUAUCACAAACCCAUAUUUUAUUCACCGUUAAACAUAGAAAACAUUAAAAAAAAAAGAGUAAAAGUUGGAGUUUAGUGGAGGGGAUAUGAUUCACUGCUCAACAGUUUUUCGUCAUGAUGUACCGUAUUUCUUUGUUUCAUGAUUAAUUAAAUGUUUCCAGUUG